AUGGCGGCUUCUCUCAAUUCCUUCCUUUUUUUCGUUGCCAUUCUUGUAUACACUUCUUAUGCUCAAAAUGGCCUAAACCUUCCUAUUCGGAAGGAUGCCACUACCUUGCAAUACUACACGACACUAGAAAUGGGCAGCACCCGAGCUACUGUGAAUGCUGUUAUCGAUCUUGGAGCCCAGUUCUUCUGGUUCGAUUGCGAUAAUUAUACCUCAUCCACCUAUGUUCCGAUCCCUUGUGGCUCUCAGAAAUGUGAACUAGCUAAGGGGAGUGGAUGCAUCGGGUGCAAUAUGCCGCCACGACCCGGGUGCACCAAUGAUACCUGUGGUGCCUCGGCUUACAACCCGUUUCAAGAUGUUCUUGUCUCUCAAGGGUUUGAAGAGGACACGCUAUACUCAAAAGAUCAUGUCGAGGUGCCUCAAUUCCCUUACGCUUGCAUGAACACACGUUUCUCAGAGGGACUAGCCAGUGGCACGAGCGGGAUUCUAGGCCUUGCUAGGACCGAAAUUUCUUUGCACAAGCAGGUUGCAAAUAAGUUCAAUUUACCCGACAAGUUCUCUCUAUGCCUUCCAUCUUCAGGACUCGGAAAAUUGUACGUUGGUGGAGGAUCAUCAAGCAAAUCAGACGUAUCGAAAUCACUUAUCACAACACCCCUCAUCAUAAACCCUGUAAGUACAGCCCCUAUUUACACCGUUGGUGAUCCAUCCGAUGAAUAUUUCAUUAAUGUACAGUCCAUCAGAAUUCAUGGAGAACCUUUGUCAGUAAAAAGUUCCUACUUUACCAUUGACAAAGACGGAGUUGGAGGCACCAAAAUUAGUACAUAA